CAAGUUUCUCCCGCAACGGCCCCGCCUUUCUAUGGGACAAUACAAGGCAAUUCUCUCUCUCUACCGCCUAAACCGAACUAACCCAAGAGAUACAACCCACUCACUCUCACGCCCGUUUCCAUCGACUUUGUCCUUUUGCUUCGCUUCGCUCUGCAUCGUGAGACUGUCGAUUUUCUCUCCUACACUUCAAUCCACUCUGUACGUACGCCGAGAGCCUCUUUGCUCUCCUCCACCACCAACCAAAAUUUCAUCCUCUUACAGCCUGUACUUGAGGUCUAUUAGCUAACUCAGAGCUCCCCGCCAGCCCGUCCACCCCUCAUCCUUAACAUCCCGUCUCCUGACGUAGACCGCAAUCAUGUCUCAAUCUGGUGCCACCGUUUCGCAGGACUGCAUAACUGCCUUUAACGACCUGAAGCUUAACAAGAAGUACAAAUACAUCGUCUACAAGCUUUCCGACGACUACAAGGAGAUCGUUGUCGAGCACGCCUCCGACAACAGCGACUGGGAGGACUUCCGUGAGAAGCUCGUCAACGCUACCUCCAAGAGCCGAACUGGCGCUGUUGGCAAGGGUCCCCGUUACGCCGUCUAUGACUUCGAGUACAGCCUGGCCUCUGGCGAUGGUAUCCGAAACAAGAUCACCUUUAUCGCCUGGUCUCCCGAUGAUGCCGGUAUCCAGCCCAAGAUGAUCUACGCUUCCUCCAAGGAGGCUCUUAAGCGAUCGCUCACUGGCAUUGCCACCGAGCUCCAGGCUAACGACACUGAUGACAUUGAAUACGACUCCAUCCUCAAGACCGUCAGCAAGGGUCUUGCUGGUUAAGCGCGCUGUCACCGACUACCCAACCGCCGCCCGCGUUCCCAUAUAGAAGCUGGUGGACACGGAAUUUGAACAUACCUAUGGCUGUUUCAAGAGUUGAGACACCAAAACAAGCAAAUGAGUAGGAGUGCAUAGUGAGGGGGUGGAACAAACGCGCGUGGAUCAUGAAAUGUUUCGUUUCCUCCAGGGACGCAAACCAACGAGUUUGCUUCUGGGGGCGAGACUUAAAUUCGCACAAUCGCCGACACUGACCAUGUAUCGUACGUACCACGGGAAAUAAAACCGCAUGCUGGUAUGUGGCAACUAUUGGCAUUCUAUCAUCUAUCUAUCCGAUUGUCUCUGUCAUGCUCUCAUUGCUUCUAAAUAUCGUCACCUUCUAUGGGUUUGCUUGAUUCGACUCCCAACUUGAUUUGAAAAGCCCAGAGAGACGUUCGGCCUCGGCUUCAUCCUUUAGUCGUUGCAUCAAGAAUCCUUUCAGGUCACCCCAGAAGGCCUCCGUCUGUAAGGCUUGGGCGCCUACGGGUUGGGCCUCAGGGGUGGCCUCAGGCUCUUCUGGUGGAAUAGCAGCGGCACCUCCAAUAACCAUAACCGUAAACUCAAUAGACAUAUCCGUCUCACCUAGUAGGUCCUUAAGAAUCUUGCUAUCAGGGAUAGGCUUCUUGUUGUGCAACAACUUAGUCUUGGCGGCGGGUAUCCUUGUCUGCUUCUCGAUGUUGGCCUUGAUGUCCAGGAUUGAGGUGUCUAGGGAUUGAGAAGCGAGCUUGAUGCUCAGAGGAGGGUUGCGAAGUGACUUGAGUGACACGGUGAUGCUUCGUUCGGAGCCGGGAGCAAGGUUGUUGGGUUUGCUCAUGGCCUUGGGCAUGCGGGGGAUGAUGUACUAGAGCUGGUAUUAGCAUGUGCCGUGGAAGAAGAGCACAAAGUCCAUACAGGUGGUCGAGCAGGGUAAGUCUUGGGGUCUUCGACAUGGUCGGCAGAGAGUCGGAUAGGCCGCGACUCUAGCGAUGCCAGAAAUGUUUGGGCGAAAGCGGUUUCAGACAUGAUGAUGGCUUCGUUGUGAUAACUGUGAGCUCGACGGAGGUGGGGUUGAUCGGCGAUGAUGAAUGCAAAGGAGAGAAAGUUGGAGGAUAGUAGAGAGAGUCUUCCGAAUGUAUAGGACUCUAAAAUUAUAGUCAAGAUGUUAAUAGCCUCUAUUUGGCAACAAUAGGAACCGAUCAAUAGUAGGUUCUAGCCAGCUUCAUCAACCAUCGUCAUUGAACACACCUAACAGAGCAAGCUCAAGCUGCCCACAAGAGAUUACAUAAGGUACAU